AUCAUCUCAGUAUCAAACGCAGCGACAGUAGCACACCAUGAAGACAUUAGUUGUGCUGUCUGCUCUGGCGGCCAUCGCCAUUGCAGCUCCUUACCAGAACACGCUGCCGGAAAAUUGGCCAGAAUACAUCAGGCGAGACAAGAAGUCCCCCCAGGGAUAUUUCUAUGCCGAAUCUGCGCCAAUCAACGUUGGUGUCCCACCAGUCCACCUUGAAGCUGAGCUGGACAAUUCUUCCCCCACCGGAAGAAGUUUCGGAUUGUUGAAGAAACCACUGUUGACGCCCACCAUCAUUAAGAGACCUAGCGGCUACCAUGUCUAUCGGGACUCGGCUGAGGAACGAGCGCAAGCUGAUCCUUCCGAAGAUUGUUCGAAGCAAGUCAAGUUCAAAUUCUGUAAUAGUGAGAAAGCUGCAAGAUCGACCCAUGAAGAUGAAAUGGAAAGCAGUAUUAAAAUGGCGAAAGAAGCAAUUGAGCACCUGCAGAGAGAUUUGAAAAAUAUAGAGCACGGCCCCAAAUCUGCAUCAUGGAGCGAAAGAAAUUUGAUGCAUGAGGAUAUUGAAGUGGCUAGAAAAGCCCUGGAACAUGUUCAUAAAAACUUCGGAAAUUUAGAUUCAAUGAGUUUGCAUUCAACAUUGGUUGGCGAAAAUCCAUCUCACCAAAUCAAUGAGGAUAUCCAUAAAACUGACAUAGAAAGAGCUUCGCAAUGGAAAGAACAUACUGAAACAUUUAAAAGUGAUGAAGGUGCCAGAAACAUGGAAGAUAUCGUUAAACCGGCGGAUCAGCAUGAAAGCUCUAUACACAUUGAAAACAUUGACACAACCAAACUUAUGAAGAAUAGUGAGAAGAUGGAGCAUUUACAGCAUGAAGAGCCGGUAAAAGAAAUUACUGAAGAAUUGAAAGAAACUCACGAGCGUCAUGUCAACACUGAAAUGAAUCCCCUUUCCGAUAUGAAAACAUCAGAAACUAAGGUGGAACCUGCCCACUUGUCAGAUGAGAAAUCCACUGAAGCUAAUAAGGACAUUUCAAAGAAUAACCUAGAAGAAAAGAUUAUUAAAGAAGAACAUUUAAAUGCUAAGACUUCGGAUAUUCUUGCCAGCGAAAAAACACAAGGAACCGACACUGAAGCUGACCACAGUGAAAGUCAUAUUGAUGAAAAAUUGAGAGCAAGUAAAGAACAUCACCAAACUGAAGUAAAUAAUCAAGCAAUUAACGGUCAUCUAAUUGAACCUGCUAGUCCACAAGAUAUGGGAAAAAUUGAAAACAAUGAGCACUUCAGAAAAUCUAGCGAAAAAGAUUGGAAACAUGAGACUGAAAAACAUAUGCAACAACCAAAAAAUACAUUUUUUGAAACUCGACCAAUGCAACAUUCUGACAUUGAAAUGAAAAAUCAUAACAUGAAGAAGGAAUUUGAAGAAAGUCACUUCACUAAGGAAAAGAAAUUCGGUAAUUUCGAUACAUCCAUGAAAGCAGCUGACCAUGAAAAUACAAAGAUGUUGAGUACUGAGCAACACGAAGAAUCUAAAGACGACAAACUUAUAAUACCUAUGCAUAAAUCUAAUGAAAAAUCUGCAAUCAGCCUAGAUACUGCGAGAGAUAAGACUGAAUCAGAAUUGAAUCAUAAUAUGCGUUGGGCACCAAUAACUGACGAGCAUAUGGAAAAAAAUAUGCAGAUGAAAGCUGCCACAGAUUUCCAUAAUCAUCACUCUCAUCAUCCCUCUUCUCAUCACUUGGAGCCAACUGUGGAAUCAUCAAAUCACAUGGAUACUAAGACCCACCCAGUCCAUGGACACUCUAUGAAGAUGCAUGAGCACCAACAUGCUAUAAAUCACGCUAAAUCAGCUGAUGCCGAUAUGUCUCCAAAUCUAAAAUCUAGCAUGAUUAUGGAUCAUGCAAAAUCUGCUGAUUUUGAUGGCUUCAUGGUACCAAGUUUUCCAAGUAAUAUGAUUGAUUUCGCAGGAAAAUCAGCAAUGGAUAUGAUGCAGUGGUCUCAUAAGGCGGACGUUGGACGAUCAGCUUAUGGAGGUUAUGGAGGCAGUGGUCUCGGAGGUCUAUCCGGAGGCGGACUGUCCGGAGGCAGCCUGUCUGGAGGUGCAGCAGUUGGAGGUGGAGCAGUUGGAGUAUUCCCCAACGCGCACGUGGGUGGAUGCGCGGUGCCUCUACUCCUGAGCUGUUCCCCGUCUGUAGUCUCCGGCAGUCUGGCUAAGUCUGGAUAUGGCUCCGGCUACGGCUCUGCUCCGGCAUAUAGAAGUACUGAUGAGCUCAACUUCCACAACAAGCGUGACACCAAAAAGUUCAAAGACAACAAGAAGAAUAUAAAACAAAGAACAACUAUUUUGGACAAGAAGCAGUAAAAGAGAUCAGUGAUGGGAGCUGAAGAUUAUAGACAGAUUAACUAGCAAGAAUUAAUGGAACCCUGAUUGUAGUAUAAUGUUAGGUUUAGACUUUUUUACUUAACUUGUAAUAUUACAUGUAAACAUCACAAGGAAUUGCAAUAAAAAAUAUUUUUAUAAUAUA